GCACAACCGGUUCGGGCCAAUCUUCAUCAAUCAUCAAGAAGAAAGGCUGUUUAUUUUUGUAAAAAACAAAGGUCCAUUCUCCCGGCCCGGAUAAUCCAGAAACCGGAAUGUCCAUUUCUCUCCGUGUCUUAUCGCGGUUCGAAGCGCUUCUCCCUGUCUUCUGCUCUCGCUCAUCGUCAAAGGCAGACCUCCACAUUAUCAGCUUUGAUCAGUAAAUUCAUUAUUUCAUUGUUACCAAUCAUUGCGAUGAAGGGUUCGUCGGAGACGAGGUUCUUGCAGGAAUUGAUCUUGUACGCCGCCAGCGCCGCUCUAAGUUGCCUGGUGCUCUUUGCCGGUCUCCGCCAUCUUGACCCGAACCGCGAGGCUUCAAAGAAAGCCGUCGAGCACAAGAAGGAAAUCGCCAAGCGUCUCGGCCGUCCGUUAAUCCAAACCAACCCCUAUGAGGAUGUAAUAGCAUGUGAUGUAAUUAAUCCUGACCAUAUUGAUGUGGAGUUUGGUUCUAUUGGUGGACUGGAAACUAUAAAACAAGCAUUAUACGAGUUGGUGAUUCUUCCUCUACGAAGACCAGAGCUGUUUUCCCAUGGAAAGCUUCUUGGCCCACAAAAGGGUGUGUUGUUAUACGGGCCACCUGGAACGGGCAAAACAAUGCUUGCAAAAGCUAUUGCAAAAGAAUCAGGAGCCAUCUUCAUCAAUGUUAAGAUUUCAAAUCUUAUGAGCAAAUGGUUUGGUGAUGCCCAAAAAUUAGUGGCUGCUGUAUUUAGCUUGGCAUAUAAGCUCCAGCCUGCAAUUAUAUUCAUUGAUGAGGUGGAUAGUUUUUUGGGUCAAAGGAAGACUAGUGAUCAUGAAGCAUUAACUAAUAUGAAGACUGAGUUCAUGGCUUUGUGGGAUGGUUUCACCACAGACCAAAGUGCAAGGGUGAUGGUACUUGCUGCAACUAAUCGUCCAUCAGAGCUUGAUGAAGCAAUCCUUAGACGUCUUCCCCAGGCCUUUGAGAUCGGGUUUCCUGAUCGCCGCGAGAGAGUAGAAAUACUAAAAGUGAUCCUCAAAGGUGAGAAGGUUGAAGGCAACAUUGAUUAUGACCACAUAGCUGGUCUGUGUGAUGGAUACACUGGUUCUGAUCUUCUUGAUCUCUGUAAGAAAGCUGCAUAUUACCCUAUUCGUGAACUUCUAGAUGCAGAGAAAGAUGGGAGGACAUGCUCAAGCGGACCGAGGGCUUUAUCUGAACUGGAUUUGGAGAAAGUGGUUACUAGUUCUAAGAAUACAAAAACUGCUGCUAGUGAAUACUAUUCCAGAUUAGGCUCCCAAAUAGGAGGGUGGUCUCCAAGCGGGGAGCACAGUGAUGAUUAUCAGGUCAAAGUUGCAAUUAGUGAGCUCUCGAAGGUUGUGCUUUCUCAAAUUGUGAACUUGCAGUCCGAGUCCCAUGAUUCUUGAGGCUAGCGUUCGUUCCUCACCAUACUACUCAUUUUUAUAAUGUUGUAAAAUUUUGUUUAGCUCCUUUGUGCUAUUGUAUUGGGGGUCUGCUAGGAUUUAUAUUAGUUCAACAGGGUUCAACUGGACAUGUUUGAUGUAUGAUCUGUAUUAUCUCGCUCCUACCCUGCUUUCUGUUUAUUGGACACUCAACAGUUCUGAGUUGACCCGCUAAGCUCGACUGCUCGAGUUGCUUUUGCUGAAAAAACCCAGAACUGUAUGAGGCGGACUUUUUAAACUGGUACUACGCAUUUGUUUUUGCUUUUGGUCCCCUUUGUCCUUUUGAAAUACAUCACAAUUGUAAACCAAGUAAAAGCCAUUUUUUUUAAAUAAAU